AUGUCAAUUUUCGGCGGCUCGGAGCGGUUUCCAAUUGAACAUGCUCGAUCACCGGGACCAAUUUAUGCCAAGCCAGAUGUACGCGACAAUGGGCAAGUCGUUAUGAAGGCCGAUUACAAACCUGUGGAUGAGACUCAGAAAUGGGGCAAACGUGAGGGAUGGAUUGGUGGUAAGCAAUUAGCACAAACGUUCGUGGCUAGCAAAGAAAGCAUUCGAGCUCCUGGCUACUACAAUGAGAACAUAAGUUUGAUCAAAAUAAGGGCACCACAAGUGUCAUUUUCGAAGUCGGAUCGUUUCUUAUCGCAAAAAGUGAGUAUGACAGACGGGGAACACCAGCGUGAACGUUUGACUGCGGAGAGUCCUGGUCCGAAAUACAAUCACCACCGUCACCUAGAUCGACUGCUCGAGCUGAAUCACGUAAAAUGCACUUGCCCGAUGUCGACAGUCCUCGUCCAGGCCUCCGCGAGUCAUGGCUGUCAGCUAUCAAUCGCAAUGGAGUUUUGA